GUUGGCCAUUACGUGCGACCAUUGACGUCGAAAUACAUCGGCGAUCGCUCGAGCACAGAUCAAAGUGUGAAUGGACAACGAAACGCAAAGGUAAUGUAAUCGCACAACCGAUAACAGCGUUCCUAUUUUGUUGCACGAAGAUAACGUACGUAGCGCAACAUUGGAGCAGCUCGACUACGGCUGUCUGUCGUAAGUCAAACGCAAUCGCGAAGGCCGACGCGUUGAACGUGCGCGGUAUGUGUUUGUCAUGGUCUUCCUCUUAUAUAAGUGCCGCUACCACGGAAUUACGCACGACAGUGUCAGUGCGUUCAUCACGAAGUGAACAUUCGCGCGGUAAGAUAAACGCUCUCUAUAUAUACGUCGCGUAAUCGAGAGAUCUGCCGCGGCUAAUUCGAUGCAAAAUUCACGGAAUUUAACUUAAAGUAAACGUCACGUAACAGUGUAAAGUACAAUGGAAGACCCGCGAUAAUUUUACUUAUAUUUGUGUCAAAUCCAUAAGCACGAUAAGAAAAAUUACUUCACAUGCAAGGAAAUGCUUUACAACGAUCGAUUAAGAUAUUAUGACGUGUCGUAACUUUGCACUCUGAAUCGCAUUACCUGCGAUAUUGUACCUGUUAACUGCUUCUCGAGAUAGCGAGUCGCAACCGUCGUGUUGUAAUACAAUUCGUGAGACCGAUAUAACUUGCACUAGAAACACCGUAAACAUGAGUGGCGGCGGAUACAAUAGAAACAUCUUUACGUAUGACACGCUAGUGCACGCGAUAUCCGGUGCAGCGGGUAGCGUCGUCGCGAUGGCAACCUUUUAUCCCUUAGAUACCGUACGAAGCCGUUUACAAUUGGAAGAAGGACGUCAAUCGAAAAAUACAUUGGCUACUUUACGAGACCUUGUUGCGAAAGAAGGACCGUAUACGCUGUACAGAGGUAUCGUCCCCGUUUUGCAGAGUCUGUGCGCGAGUAACUUUAUAUAUUUCUAUACAUUCCACGGUUUAAAACAGCUGAGAAGUAAAAGGAAUCAAACGGCUGGCAACGAUUUGCUUCUCGCGUCAAUCGCUGGUGUUAUCAAUGUCCUCACCACGACACCCCUGUGGGUUGUGAAUACGAGAUUGAAGAUGAGAGGCGUUGGACUUGCUCCAGAAAGAAACAACAAUGAAUAUACUACUCUGUACGAUGGUCUCGUGCAUAUAUGCAAGUAUGAAGGUUUGAGACAGCUGUGGGCAGGAACAAUGCCGAGUCUUAUGCUCGUCGCGAAUCCGGCCAUUCAAUUUAUGACGUACGAGAGCAUUAAGAGACGGAUAAUCGCGUCCUUUGGCGAUGCUCAACCGCCAGCAUGGAUGUUCUUUAUUAUGGGAGCGAUAGCGAAAACGGUUGCCACGUCGUUGACGUAUCCCCUGCAGCUUGUGCAAAUGAAGUUGAGGCAUGGGGACAAAUAUCCUAAUUUACCUCCGGAUGCAGGAACGUUGCAAAUACUAUUUCACAUUCUAAAGAAGCAAGGAAUAAGUGGCUUGUAUAAAGGAAUGGAAGCUAAACUUUUACAAACGGUUCUUACAGCCGCUUUGAUGUUCCUAGCUUACGAGAAAAUUGCACGAUUUGUUUUCCGAAUACUUAUGCACAAACCACAUCUCAGAUAACAAUUUAUUUCCAAUGAUAGUAUUAAGAAACAAACUUAAUAUAAGUGUGGAAUCAUAAAUCAAGUUUUAUACAUUCCUACGUAUAUACGUAACAUAUGUAUAACAUAUGUUAUCUUUUACUGUAUAAUUUUAUGGAUAAAUAAAAUGGUAUUGUGAAUUUA